CUGAAAAGGUCCCUUUGCUAAGAAAAAGCAAGGUGAAGCCUAAAGCACAGCAGCAAAAGAAAGAUGGAGAAAUUGACGAAAAGUUCUGGGAAAUCUUGAUGAGUGCCGAGAAGAAAGACUAUGAGCGUAUCUGUGCAGAGUAUGGAGUUACGAAUUUCCGCUGGAUGCUGAACACACUGAACGUAAAGAAACAAGAAAGAGAAGAGGAGCAGGCACUGUUCAUUAAAAGCAUCUCAAACCUGAAACCAAUUGAAGUAGCUCCAACUGGGUGUGCAGCAUUUGAGAUUGACAUGGAACUUCUGGAAUCAACUAGCAGGAUCUUUAUCUUCAAGGAUGGUGAGAUGGUUCCAUUUAGUAAGGAACAAGAGGCUGAUGUCAAGCAUGAACUGAAGCAAGUUGGAAAGAAAUAUGUGUUCACUAUACGGGACCUUCUACCUGAUGAUGCUGGUCUUUAUCAGAUGGAUGUUGAGGGCGUCACAGUGUUUUCCACAGAUUUCAAGAUUCCCGCGAUUGACUUUUUGGUCAAAAUCCAGGAGGUGAAGGCAAUGGAGAGAGAGGAUGCUGUCUUUGAGUGUGUCUUGUCAAAUCCCUUUUCAAAGAUCAACUGGUUUUCAAAGAGUCUCCCUGUGGAAGCUGGAGAAAAGUUUGACAUCGAAGUGUCUGAGGACAAGCUCAUCCAUAGACUGGUGGUGAAAGACUGCGCGCUGACGGACAAAGGCAUCUAUGCAGCUGUGGCUGGAAUCAAGUCCUGCAAUGCAUGGCUGGUGGUAAUGCCCGACAAAAGUGACCCUGGUAAAAAGAAAGGACGUAAGACCACUAAGGCUGGUGGCUCAGGUAUAGACCUGGCAAAGAUUGCUCAGGAGCAGCAAGAAAAACUCCAGAAAGACAGGGAAGAGAGGAUAGAGGCAGUGAAAGCUGCGAAGGAGGCUCCAGCUGAUGAUGGUUCUGGAUCAGGAUCAGGUUCCGGUUCCGGAGGAGUAGGUGUUGGUGACUUGAAAGCAUCUGUUGCUAUCCCAGAACCUGUCGCCCCUCCAAUCCCAGAACCUGUCAAAGGACAUUCACAUAAAGACGACUCAGCAGUUGGUUUAGUAUCUGAAUCACAAGUUGGGGAUUCAGCCGUGGAUGUCAAAGUAAGUUUGACUAAGGGGUUAUCGGACACAUACGCAAUCCAUGGCCAACCAGUGGAACUAGCUUGCACCAUUAGCUCCGACAAAGUUGACGGAGUCUGGAAACAAGAUGACGAGACGUUGACCAGUGAAGCCGGGAGGACCAUUCAAAAGGAUGGUGCUACGCAUAAAGUGAUCAUUCAAAGUGCUAUAUACGAUCACUCUGGACAAUACUCUUUUGAAGCAGGUGGCAUUAAAACAGAGGGAUCUUUGUUUGUUGGAGAUGUACCUGAAUUUGACCCUGAUGACCUACAUAACUUCUCAAAGCCAGUGAUUGUAAAGGUGGGCCAGAAUGCAUCAUUCAAGAUGCCAUUUUCGCCUCAAGAAAACAUUGAAAUCAAAUGGUUCAAAGAUGGUGCUGAGCUGAGUGAUGGAGGUGGAGUCAAGAUCCAGAAAGAGCCCAACCACAGCCGCCUUCUAAUGAAAGAGUGUAUCCGCACUGACGCUGGAGAAAUCAAGAUUCAACUCAAAACCCCAUUCGGUGUAGUUGAGGCCACUUCCAGACUCAUUGUGCUAGACAAGCCAGGGUCACCAGAAGGUCCGGUGGAAGUUAUUGAAAGCACAUCCUCUGUUAUUGACCUGGGGUGGAAAUACCCAAAAGACGAUGGUGGCUCAGCAGUGACAAACUACAUCAUAGAGCGACAGCAAGUAGGUCAGGCCAUGUGGAAGAAACUGGGAGAUGUUUCAGCAGACCGACUGACCUUCAGAGACCGUAACGUCGCACAUGGCAAGCAGUACAAUUAUCGCAUUUAUGCUGAGAAUCCAGAGGGAAUCGGGGAACCACUCGUGACCAUCGAGAGCAUCAUGGCAGGAAUCCUGGUGUUCCCUGGUGCACCAUGCGCACCAAAAGUGGAAAGUGCUUUCAAGAACUGCAUCAAUUUGACAUGGGAACCUCCAAUCGAAGAUAACGGAACAACUAUCCUUGGAUACCAAUUGGAAAAACGCAAGAAAGACACAAACCAGUGGAUUGCUAUGAAUCCAGUGAAUGAGCCAAUUGAAGUCCUGAAAUAUGCUGUCAAAGAUGUAUCUGAGGGAGCAGAAUAUGAGUUCAGAGUGGCAGCCAUAAAUGUGUCCGGGGCUGGAGAGCCAAGUCCCCCCUGUGCAAUGGUGUGUGCAAGAAACCCCAAGAUGAGACCACAGUUCAAAGCUCCAGAGGAUUUUAUGGUUAUAAGGGCAGGGAAUUCCCUGAGAAUCAAGAUGAGUUAUGAGGCUGAGCCUCUGCCUGACAUCACCUGGUUGAAAGAUGAUGAACCAGUUGAUCCAUGGAUCAACAUCAUAAAUGUUGAGGGGGCAUCCACGCUGUCGAUUCCUUCAUCAAAGCGCUCAGAUUCUGGAGUCUACACCAUUACGGCCAAGAACUCCAGUGGCUCUGCCUGUUUUGAUGUUGAGGUCAGAGUUACAGAUGAGCCUAACCCACCAGGUCCAGUGGCAUUAGAACAACUUGUCCACGGAAAAGUAAUCAUCACCUGGGCCUCUCCCGACGAGGAGGUGGAUGACCGCCUGCACUACCUGGUGGCUGAACAUGAGUCCAACACCCGUGUUUGGCGCACCAUUGCUGAUCGCCUCUUCUGCAACACCUUCACUGCAAACAUACACUCUGGGAGAGAGUACCAUUUCCGUGUCUAUGCCAAGAAUGAUAUGGGUCCGUCGGAUCCGUCUAAUUCACCCACAUGGGGUGUCAAUCUCAUGAAAGUUGCACCAAUAACCAACGUCCCAGUGACAGUCUGCUUAGAGAGGCCUCCAUCCAUCCUGGUUCCUCUGAAAGUCCAUACUCCACCAAAAGGAUACCAGUGCUACAUGACAUGUGCCGUCCGUGGCACCCCCACGCCCUACGUCUCCUGGUACCUGAAUGGCAUCUGUAUCAACAGCAACAAAAGCUACUACAUCACCAAUACCCAUGGCAUCUGCUCCAUGUACAUCACCAGAGUGAGCCCCGAUAACGAAGGAGAGUACAAGGUGGUGGCAAUCAACACAUUUGGCAAGGCGGAGUGCUCCUCUAAAGUCAGCGUCAGAGAUUGAACCACACCACCAGUGCAGCAGUAUCAGGAAUGUGUCCAGACCUUCAUUAUAGACGUCCUCUCUAGAGGAAAUGUGUAUGACAAAUAAAAAAUGUGCGUAUUUGCAAUGUUCCUUGUUUGUGUUGAAUUUAAUACAAAUAUUUUCUGUACACUAAUUUACACAGAAAACAAUGUAUUGUAUAUGAAUUCAAAUAAAUAAUAGUUUUUGUGAAGAAAUGAA